UGUGCCAGCAAGAAUGAAUGAUGAAAACCUUGAUGAGGAGGAGAGCAGGGGGGAGCUGAGGAGGGAGGGAGGCUGAAGUGAGGGAGUGAGGGGAGGGGGCAAUUAUCUUAUUGUUUAACCCACUCAAGGUAGAAGCCCAUCAAUCUGAAACCACUUGCUCAAAUGACUCAUGUUCAGCCUUUAUAAAAGUUUAAUUGGCUUAUAUAAUUAAUACUGAGGGGAAAGACAUAUGUGUGAUAUGGCUCUGAGGGAAAAAUGAGUGUGUGCAGGGGCUCAUAGAUCUGAAGUGACAGGAUUAAAGUAAGUAUUGUGAUUAUAAAACUAAUUGCUGUUACAAACGAAGCACUGUAAACUAGAUGGCACUGAACUGAUUCCUUUUAUUAUGAUUAUAUUUUAAUGAUAGUUAGCUGACUGUUUUCCAUUACCUGUGUCCCUGAGCUGGUGUGUUUGGCCGUUACCUAGGCACCACUGGCACCUUUGGGUGCAGCGGACUGCUCGCUUUGCAGAGGAAGCACCACCUGACACACGCGCGAGAGGGGGGCGGGGGCGUGUCGAGGUGCCGGUGGCUGCUGCUCUCGGAUCUGUGUCACCUUCACUGAUCACCUGUACUACUUGCACCCUUCGGCGAUGACAAUAGAGUCAAAGAGCGGUGCAAUCUAAGCCAUGAGUCAGUUUCGAGCGUUAGCGGGUGUGCUGAGGGGUGGGUGUACUGGGGGAGGCCAGUGGCUACGAGGGAGUGGAGGGGGCCCGGCCAGGCGCUGGGUUGAUUCUAGGAGAGGCUGUUCCUCCACCUCCUCCGCCGGGGCUGCGCCUGUUCUCUCAGCGGUGGCCAGUAGCUCCAGCUACAUGGAGGAGAUGUACUUUGCUUGGCUGGAGGAUCAUAAAAAUGUCCAUGAGUCUUGGGACGCAUUCUUCCGUAACAUCCAGGCCUCCGGCCCGUCUGGCGAGGCGGGCGAGAGACGCCCUUCCGCUCUGCUCCAGGGCCGAGUGCUGUCCCACUCACCAGACAUGGCACAGAAAGUGGUGGAGGACCACCUGGCUGUGCACACUCUCAUUAGAGCCUACCAGAUUCGAGGUCACCACGUUGCCCAAUUAGACCCUUUGGGAAUCCUGGAGGCUGACCUGGACUCCUUCGUUCCCUCUGACCUUAUCACCACCAUUGAUAAACUGGGUUUCUAUGGUCUUGAUGAGUCUGACUUGGACAGGAGUUUCCAGCUGCCCCCUACCACCUUCAUCGGAGGAGAAAACACCACUCUUCCUCUGAGAGAAAUCAUACGAAGACUAGAGAUAUCCUAUUGUGGUCAUAUCGGAGUCGAAUUCAUGUUUAUCAACAAUGUGGACCAGUGUCAGUGGAUUCGCCAGAAAUUCGAGACACCAGGAAUCAUGCAAUUCACUAGUGCUGAGAAGAGAACUUUGCUCGCCCGCCUGAUCAGAUCCACACGGUUUGAGGACUUCCUGGCCAGGAAGUGGUCGUCAGAGAAACGUUUUGGUUUAGAAGGAUGUGAAGUGCUCAUCCCUGCUCUUAAAACCAUCAUCGACAAAUCGAGCUCUGCAGGCAUCGACAGUGUGAUCAUGGGGAUGCCUCACCGGGGUCGACUGAACGUCCUUGCUAAUGUGAUCCGUAAGGACCUGGAUCAGAUCUUCUGCCAGUUUGACCCCAAGUUAGAAGCUGCUGAUGAGGGUUCGGGUGAUGUCAAAUACCACCUUGGGAUGUACCACGAGAGGAUUAACCGUGAGACAGACAAGAACAUCACGCUGUCACUCAUGGCAAACCCCUCCCACCUGGAGGCAGUGGAUCCAGUGGUUCAGGGCAAGGCCAAAGCUGAGCAGUUCUACAGAGGAGACACCCAGGGAAAAAAGGUCAUGUCCAUCUUGAUGCACGGUGACGCUGCCUUUGCUGGACAAGGAGUUGUAUAUGAGACGUUCCACUUGAGUGAACUCCCUUCCUACACGACACAUGGUACAAUCCAUGUGGUGGUCAAUAACCAGAUUGGCUUCACCACAGACCCUCGAGUUGCCCGCUCCUCUCCCUACCCCACCGAUGUGGCCCGGGUUGUCAACGCGCCCAUUUUCCAUGUGAAUGCUGACGACCCCGAGGCUGUCAUGUAUGUGUGUCGGGUAGCUGCAGAGUGGAGGACCACCUUCAACAAGGAUGUCGUCAUUGACCUGGUUUGUUACAGACGGUUUGGCCACAAUGAGAUGGACGAGCCCAUGUUCACCCAGCCGCUGAUGUACAAACAGAUCCGUCGGCAGGAGCAUGUGCUGAAAAAGUACUCUGACAAGCUGAUUGCUGAGGGAGUGGUGACACUGCAGGAAUUUGAAGAAGAAGUUGCCAAAUAUGACAAGAUAUGUGAGGAAGCGUACACCAGCUCCAAGGACGAAAAGAUCUUGCACAUUCGACACUGGCUUGACUCCCCCUGGCCAGAUUUCUUCACAGCAGAGGGAGAGCCCAAGAGCAUGAGCUGUGUCCCCACCGGACUGGAGGAGGAGGUUCUGCAGCACAUUGGUCAGACAGCCAGCUCAGUGCCUCUGGAAGAUUUUAAGAUCCACCCGGGUGUGUCUCGUAUCCUGCGUGGUCGAGCUGACCUGGUGAAGAAUCGGCAGAUGGACUGGGCUCUAGGAGAGUACAUGGCCUUUGGUUCCCUUCUCAAAGAUGGCAUCCAUGUGCGACUCAGUGGGCAGGAUGUAGAGCGGGGCACAUUUAGUCACCGUCAUCAUGUUCUGCAUGACCAAGAGGUGGACAAACGUACCUGUGUUCCUAUGAACCAUCUGUGGGACAACCAGGCUCCCUACACUGUCUGUAACAGCUCUUUAUCAGAGUACGGAGUAUUAGGUUUUGAACUUGGCUUUGCCAUGGCCAGUCCAAAUGCUCUUAUCCUAUGGGAGGCCCAGUUCGGAGACUUUCACAACACAGCACAGUGUAUCAUUGACCAGUUCAUCAGCUCGGGCCAGGCCAAGUGGGUCCGAAACAAUGGCAUUGUCCUCCUGCUGCCACAUGGGAUGGAGGGAAUGGGUCCAGAACAUUCAUCAGCUCGACCUGAGCGUUUCCUGCAGAUGAGCAAAGAUGACCCUGAUCACUUCCCUGAGUUCAGUGGAGAUUUUGAAGUCCAGCAGCUGUACGACUGCAACUGGAUUGUGGUCAACUGCUCCACGCCUGCCAACUACUGUCAUGUGCUCAGACGGCAGAUUCUGCUGCCAUUCAGGAAACCGCUGAUUAUUUUCACUCCAAAAUCCCUACUGAGGCACCCGGACGCAAGGUCCAGUUUUGAUGACCUCGUCAAAGGCACUAAAUUCAAGAGGCUGAUUCCUGAUCAGGGUCCUGCAAAUCAAACCCCAGAUCAAGUGAAGAGGGUGAUCUUCUGCACUGGCAAAGUCUACUAUGAACUAGCUAAAGAGAGGAAACAGCAAAACUUGGAGAGAGAGAUCGCCAUCAUCAGACUUGAACAGAUUUCUCCAUUCCCAUUUGACCUGGCCAGAGCAGAGGUGGAGAAAUAUACCAAUGCUGAGCUGGUCUGGUGUCAGGAGGAGCACAAAAACAUGGGUUACUAUGAUUAUGUCCGGCCACGUUUCCUCACAGUGGUGGCCAACAAAAAGCCUGUUUGGUAUGUGGGACGGGAUCCUGCAGCUGCGCCUGCGACGGGGAACAAGUCCACCCACCUCAACGAGCUGAGGAGGUUCAUGGACACUGCUUUCAACCUGAGUGCUUUCCAGGGGAAGGACUUGUAAUGGAGAGCUGGAAUGAAAACCAGACGGGAGGUGCAGUUUCAUCUCCAACCACAGUCUAUUUUCUAAGUCUUCUCACAGCACAGUUUUACAGCUCAUAGAUUUGUGACAAUCUGGAGCAUAGACAAUUAGUAAGUAAACAUCAUUUUAACCCCUGACAACUUUAUCUCUGUCUCAAGACACUGUAGAUUAACCUAGGUGGAAGGUGGGAGAAGACAGAAAAAAAACUGUCUUUCUAUGACAUGUCCUACAUGCAGAAUCAGUUUCACUGUAAUGCACUAAUGUAACGCAUGGGACAGCGCAGUAAAUUAUAUGGCCAGUGCUCAUUGCUGUUCCCUGGCCCUGCUCCAUGUCCUACAUUUUCAGCCUCUAAAGGGUGCUAAACCUCCAACACCUUUAUAUCAAAAUAUUAUACAAACAUUAAAUAAAAUCACUCGGUCACAGAAUUGUCAUUUGAGUACACACUUUAGAUGAGUGGAGAAGUAGCAACACUACACUUGUUGUACCCCAAAUAACAUUCAUACACCAAAAUUCUGACUUGUGACAAUCAAUGUUUUUGCAGUAGCUUUAGUACAGUAGAUACCUCCAUUGAUGCUAUGCAGAAAACAAGUGUAUAUUAAUAGUAUUGAUUUGUGGUAGUAUUGUUUUUUGUAGAUGAAUACUGGAAGCUGCAGGAUGCACACAAAACACCAACUGGUGUACUUAAAAAAUUUAUGUGAAUCACAUUUCAUAGGUAUAAAGACUGUUCUGAAAUUACACACACCAGUAAGUUUCAUUUUUUUUCAGUAUUUGCUUUGGCUACCUUAGCUGUUAGUGAAGGAGUGUGUAUUUAUUGUCACACCUCGCUUCACCAGGAGACAUGAGCCAGCUGGCACAGAGACUUGCAGCCAUGUUUUCUACUUAGGACAUAAGGCUCAGCUUCCUCUUUGGAGGCUUAGGGAUACACACACAAACAUAGCAAACCCUCUGAUGCUUUGACAGCAAUACUGACGCUUGGUUGUCACAUUAAAAUCCUUUAGGUGAUGAUCCACUACCAAUAGUGACUGCACCCAUCCUUCAUACCGCUUAUUUCAAUCAUUCUUAUUCUUAGUUACCAUUGAUACAGUUAAUCAUCACUUUCGGUCAUAUUAUUGGUACAGUUACUCUUUAACUUUUACACUUUGAAUCACAAUCAACUGUUUAAAUCACAAAUCAUGAUUUUCAUACUCUCAUACCAAUCUUACAGUGUGCUAUUGCCUUUCUUUAAGACUAGACAGGCUUUCUGCUACUUUCCAGUCAUGUCGCAAUCUUACCGUUCUUGCUUAAUCACAGUGUCAUAUGAUUUUUUAUGCAUUUCAUUCAUGCACACACACACAUAUAGUACAUUGAUUAUAGUGCUUCACAUUACACUGAUUAAUUUCUAAAUGAUUCAUUAAAACUGUGCAUCUUACAACCAUGGUGAGAAUCUAGCAUUAGAUCCUUUCUUUUGGCGCCGGGAGUGGGUAGAUCUCAACCUUUCUUGACACAGGUAUUUAACAAAAAUUGUUUCAAAAUUGUUAUUAGGUACUACUUUGCUUAGAAAUGCUCCAUAUAACUAUGCUUCCUGCUUAACUAAACUGUAACUUCCCUUGGAGUUAGCUGGAAGGUUUAACCAUAAGCCAUACACAGACAUCAUUUUACACAUUUAAUGACUUUUAAGGUUUCUGUAUUGUACUUCAUUGAUGGAAAAAAUACUAAAACAUAUGCACAACUUGAUGGUGUUGCACUUAAACAUGGAAAAAUGACAUAUGCAAUAAAAUGUUUCAGUUCAAUAACGUGCUUUGGUUGUGAUGUUCACUUGCAUAUCAUGCAAAGUUUGCGGUUUAAUAAAACAGAUAAAUUGGUGCAAUACUUAUAGAUGGACCAAUGUCGGGUAGCUAUUGAUUUCUCACCAAUCACCUUCUGUGCAUCAUGAAUGUUUGCUCUGGCCUCAAAGUCCCCCAUUAAGUAAAGUGCACAGGAUGGACUACAUGUGACUACAUAUGAAAUCAACUAGCAAACUUAGAAAAACUAGAAUUUUAUCAACUGUUC